GUAGAAUGGAUGACAUGGUUGUGUUGUUCCUCGGGCUUGGAUAAGUUCAAAAAUAGACCAAGGGUUUGAGUCCUCAGCUGAAUCACACUGUAUAACUUGUAGACUAAAGGAUGUAACAUUCCAACCGGACCUCAUAUAAAUCACUACCUUUCACAUCAAAUCAAUACCUUUACCCAGUAGACUCGAUCUGUAGGGACCGAGCAGCGAGAUGCCGGUUAUGUUACACCAGACGGUAUCCAUAAGUACCUAAAUCCGUGUCCAAACAAAGAAAAUGUAUCUACAUUAGUCUGUAAAUAUUUCCCCAGCGGGACCUAUAUAUUACUUUAAUAGCUCGUCGGCAGGGACUUCCUUGGCUGAUCCCUUUGGUUGGGAACUUCUCAUAUACAAUAUACAAACCUAAAUACAUACCUCAUAGAUAAUAAGCCUCUUCUACUACUGCUCCCCCCAAGACAGAAAAAUAAAUAUAAAGAUAUUCUGUAGGUUGAGUAAACACCUCGCUCUCAUACGAAAACACCACGACUUGCCCAUCAUGUCGUCGCCCGAAUCGUCUUCGGACGAGUCGUCCGCCACCGUAACGGAACAACAACUUCCUCGGCGUGACGUGGAAGCUCAGAAGCCAAACGAGAAGCUAUCGUACUGGAAACGCCAGUUUGAUCUGGCCGGCGUUACUCCCGCGGUGAUGGAAUGGAAGUACAGGGGAAGCGGGACGACGGACGAUCCUUUCAUAGUCGACUUCCUCCCCGAAGACCCGAAGAAUCCGAUGAAGUUUUCCACGAGGAGGAAAUGGGGUAUCACGGGUUUACAGGCUAUCGCCGUGCUCGCGGUUACGUUUGUCUCGACGGCUUAUUCGGGGGGUAUUGGUGAGGUUAUUCGCGAGUUCGGGGUCAGCGAGGAAAUCGCUAUUCUGGGAAUUUCGCUUUUUGUCCUCGGGUUUGCUGUAGGUCCGCUGUUGUGGGCUCCGUUGUCUGAGAUGUAUGGUAGACAAUUGCUAUUCUUCAUUACGUAUGGAUGCUUAACCGCGUUCAACGCCGGCGCAGCGGGAUCUCCGAAUAUUCAAUCACUCAUCAUCCUCCGUUUCUUCGCUGGUACCAUCGGAAGUUCACCCCUGACUAACUCUGGCGGAGUCAUCGCCGACAUGUUCACCGCUAAGGAUAGAGGUUUGGCUACUGCUAUAUUUGCUACCGCUCCUUUCCUUGGUCCAUCCAUCGGCCCAAUCGCCGGUGGUUUCCUCGGCACAGCAGGAGGAUGGCGAUGGGUCGAAGGCCUAAUGGCAUGCUUCACCGGUCUCCUGUGGUUUAUCUGCACCUUCCUCGUCCCUGAGACAUACGCGCCCAUCCUCCUCCGCAGACGAGCAGAGAAGUUAUCCGAGAUGACUGGAAAGGUUUACGUGUCCAAGCUUGAUGCCGGCAAGCCUAAGAAGACCGUUGGUCAGGAGUUCAAGAUUGCCUUGUCUCGUCCUUGGAUCCUGCUCUUCCGCGAACCGAUCGUUCUUCUUACUUCGCUUUAUAUGGCUAUCGUGUACGGAACUCUAUACAUGAUGUUCGCCGCCUUCCCAAUCGUCUACCAGCAGAAUCGUGGGUGGUCCGCAGGUGUCGGCGGGUUAGCUUUCCUGGGUAUUGCCGUCGGUAUGCUAGUCGCGGUCUCGUACAGCAUCUGGGACAAUACACGAUACGCCAAGACUAUGGCAGCUCAUGGAGGGAACGCUCCGCCUGAAGCGAGGUUGCCGCCCGCUCUAGUUGGCUCCGUCCUAUUACCCGUCGGGUUAUUCUGGUUCGCGUGGACUUGCGGUCCCGACAUUCACUGGAUCGUAUCCAUCAUCGCAUCUGGUUUCUUUGCUACUGGGCUGGUCCUUGUCUUCCUCAGCCUGAUGAACUAUAUGAUUGACUCAUAUGUCAUAUACGCCGCCUCAGUCCUAGCCGCAAACUCCGUUCUCCGAUCCAUCUUCGGCGCCGCGUUCCCGCUAUUCACGACAGCCAUGUACAACAACCUCGGGAUCCACUGGGCGAGCUGUAUUCCCGCGUUCCUCGCCCUCGCGUGUCUACCCUUCCCGUUCCUCUUCUACAAGUUCGGUGGGCGUAUCCGCAUGAAGUGCAAGUUCGCCGCCGAGGCCGCCAAGGUCCUCGAGAAGAUGCGCACGAGAAACGACCACGACGGUCCGCCAGGUCCGCCGGUGAAGCCCGAGAAGUUGGAGAAGACGGCUGAGGAGUCAAAUUAAGUUAAUGCAUUCCGUAUUCCAUACCUACCUAAGUAUUAAUAUCAUGGGACAAACAAGGUGGAUUCGGCUGCUAAGUACAUAAUACAUGAUUUUGGAAAAAAGUAGAGUCAUUUUGGGCAUGCUGUGCAUAGCAGUAGUUUAUCACUUAUAACCACGCAGCAUUUGGAUAGAACAGGGCGUUACUGAGGAAUAAGGAUAAGUUUUUCUGUGCCACGAUAGAAUACGCAUACCUAUCGAAUAGAGACCUGGUGGCUAAGAGAUUUAGCCAUAUAGUUAAUUACAAAUAUCUGCUUUGUCUAGUAGU